GACAAUUGUCCUCCGCUUCUUACUAAAGGCCUCGCCGCCCUGUUUGGCUCAUUUCGCCCUUCCUCUCUCCGCCGGAGCCGAAUGGAGAGCCGCGUGAGAGUAACGCGCCACCUAGAGCCGUGGCAGAGCCUCGCCGGGAAGGUGGUGCUGGUCACCGGGGCUUCGUCCGGGAUCGGGCGAGAUAUCAGCCUCGACCUGGCCAAAUCCGGCUGCAGAGUCAUCGCCGCCGCGCGCCGUGUGGAGCGGCUCAAGUCUCUGUGCGACGAGAUUAACGGAAUGGAAUCGAUGAGAUCCGGCGAGCAGCCCGGAUCGGUGGCUAUUGGGCUCGAUGUUAGCGCAGACGGAGCCGCCAUUGAAGCCGCCGUUCGGAAAGCUUGGGACUCGUUUGGCCGGAUCGAUGCGUUGGUUAAUAACGCCGGCGUUAGAGGGAAAGUACAUACACCACUGGAGCUGACAGAGGAGGAGUGGGAUGAGAACAUGAAAACAAACCUAAGGGGGACAUGGUUGGUGUCCAAAUAUGUUUGCUUGCUCAUGCGCAAUGCUAACGUUGGAGGAUCUGUCAUUAACGUCUCUUCCAUUUCUGGUCUCAAUCGUGUCCAACUCCCGGGAGCACUUGCCUAUGUUUGUUCCAAGACUGCUGUUAAUGCCUUGACAAGGGUGAUGGCACUGGAACUGGGAAAACACAAAAUAAGGGUAAACUCAAUAUCACCAGGGCUAUUCAAAUCCGAGAUAACAGAGGGAUUGAUACAGAAGGAGUGGCUCAACAAUGUGGCCCAGAGAACCGUGCCAUUGAGAACCUAUGGCACCAUAGACCCCGCCAUCACAUCCCUCGUUCGAUAUUUGAUCCACGACUCCUCCCAAUACGUCUCUGGAAACGUUUAUAUCGUCGAUGCAGGGGAUACUUUGCCCGCACUCCCUAUUUUCUCCACUCUCUAAUUAAGUACAAAUGCAUGUAUACUAUGGUGAAAUGUACUAUAUUGUGAGUAAUAAUAAUAAACCAAACCCACAUAUAGCUAUUUUUGGCUUGCACUAUAUCAUAUAUUCCCAAACAAGGGUUAUGGUUUGUACACUUGCAUAACAAAAUGUGGGCAAGCCAUCAAAUUUCAUUGUCACGCCACUUCAUAAACGAUUCAAAAUGUUUUGGUCUAUUGGUACUACACUUAAAUGGAAUAGGUUUGAAAGAAUGAGGCGUUUUUGUGUACUUAUGAAGGACGAUUUAUUAGAACUGGAUUUGUGGAAGUAAAGAUUAUUAAAUGGU